AUUAGUUUGUACUCUCUUACCGAAAAGAGUGUUAUUUUUUUUUUUUUAAAAAAAAAGGAAGAAGAGAUUCUAAUAGAAACUUUUUCCAAUUUUAUCUUUCUCUCUAUCUUCCUUCCUUUUCCUUUUUAUUGUUACUCAGUUAAAUUACGCUAUUUUUCCUUUAUUUUGAAGCUGAUUUGGAUACUUUAAAAGUGAGAAGAAGUUUUUUUAUUAUUUGGUUUUGUUUUUGUUUCAUUUUACUUUUCUUAUUUUGGUUUUUAUUGAAAGUUUUCUUUCUUUUUUCCAAAUUUUUCAUUAAGGAGUGGAAUAAAGAUAGAAUACUUGAUUAUUAAGGUGAUAUCUACCAUAUUUAACAGAGCAGACAAAAUGGAAAUGAUUAGAUUACUAAUCAUUCAAUUAUUCUUCUUCUCGACAACUUUUGGAGCAGAUCCGACAUUUACUAACAUACCUGCAACUGGAUAUCUGGCUGAAAACGCUAAAGGAACUCCUACACCAAUUACAAUCUUUACAAUAACUGCUAAUGACGUUGAUGGCGAUACACUCUUCUUCGCAUUCGAUACUCCGCUUGUGCCAAAUUUCAAUGUAGACAUCUCAACCGGAGUUGUAACCUAUACUGGUGCGGGAAUAAGUGCUGCGGCAACUGCAACCGUAACUUUGAACAUUUUACUUUUUGACUCUGGUGGUGGAACGGCCGGCCCUGUUUCCCUAGAAGUUGAUAUUGAUGAAUCUCCACGAUCCCAAUCCGAUCCGACAAAUGCUUAUCCGACUUACAUUGCUAAUGUGAAAGAAAAUACAGAUCCUAUUUACGUCAUAAAGAAAUUUGAUAUUGAAGAUCCAGAAGGUUUAACUAUGAUUUUCUCUGAAUUCUGGGUUCCUUCGCAACCAACUUGGAUUUCUUUUGAUACGGCUUCUCAAGAAAUGAGAUUUAUUGGACCAACCAUUAAUUUUGAAGCAACGGCAAACAAAGGUCCUUUUUCGGCUACAUUGUUGGCACAGGACCCAGGAGGGCAUAUGUUUGUUUUCUCCUUUACUGUAACAAUUGUAGACGACAACGAUCCUCCUGUUUUUACGAAUUUACCGGAUAGUAUUUUUUUGGCUGAAAAUCACGCGACAGCUCAAAACCUAUUUACAGUUAUGGCUUCCGAUGAAGACGGUGAUGCUGUCAUAUUCUCAAUGACGUCCUCACCGACAAAUGCAGCUCUUUCAAUACAUCCAACAACCGGCGUUAUAUCCGUAUCUUCGAGUCCAGGAUUCGAUUACGAUGUUACCAAGUUGUACAAUUUAACCAUUGACGUAUCCGAUGGAACCAAUACUACUAAAGGAAUAUAUUCGGUUUAUAUAACUGAAGUUCAAGUACCGCCAACUAUUGAUAAUCUACCCGGAUCGUCUCUAAGUGUACCCGAGGACGCAGCGACUAAUACAGUACUAUAUACGCUUACUGCGUCGGAUGGUAAUCUUGGCGAUACGUUGACUUUUUCAAUUGUUGGCGGGACACCAUUUACUAUUGAUCCGUCGUCUGGUCAAAUAAAAGUCAACGCGCCUUUGGAUUUUGAGACUCAAAUAAAUUAUAACAUUCAAGUAUCAAUUAGCGACGGUUCGGUUAGUGUUGGACCCUCUAUCAUUGGUAUUACUGUGACGAAUGUUAACGAAAAGCCAAUAAUUACAAAUUUACCAGCAAAUGCAACGGUCAACGAUGAUGAAACGCUAACGAGGAUUUUACUCACUGUAACGGUCACCGAACCGGAGGGAAAUUCAUUAACUUAUAGUAUUGUGUCAAAUCCACCUUCAGCUCCAUUUCAAAUAAAUCCUAGCGGACAAGUUAGCCUGAAUGCAAAUCCGAGUUUGGACGGCGUUACUACCCCCGUAUAUCAGUUAAAUGUGACGGCUUCUGAUGGAGUUUUGGCAGACGUCCAAACAUUUACCAUUUACAUAAUUAACGACGCUCCGUUGUUCACAAAUUUGCCUACAGUUGUUUCUGUAGAUGAAAGUAGGACAGCAUCCCUUAAUUUGCAUACUGUUGCUUGCACUGAUCCGGAAGGAGACGUGAUUACAUAUGGAUUAGCAUCGGUCCAGCCUACAUCCGUGGCAUUUUCUAUUAAUCCAACUUCCGGUGUAAUCAUUUUGGCAUCAAAUCCUAAUCUAGAUUACGAGACUGUCAGCGAAUAUUACCUGAACGUCUCAGCAAGUGAUGGUUCGUUAAUAAGCUACGCUCUACUACAAGUUAAUGUAACGGAUGUCAACGAAACUCCAUCAAUUAAUAACUUGCCGACAAGUUUGACAAUAAGCGAGUUCUCUCAGGCAACUGCUCUAAUUCAAGUUGAUGUGCAAGAACCGGAUAACGACGCUAUAACAUUUACGUUAAGCUCGAUUGUUCCUGCUAAUGGAGCAUUUUCAGUAAAUGCCUCCGGGUAUAUUUUACUUUCAACACCCACUAAUUUAAACUAUGAAAGCGUGAAGCAGUACAUAAUUACUAUUGAAGCUAGCGACGGAACCUUAACAGACUCAAAACAGCUAACGAUAAACGUGACAGAUGAGCAAGAGACGCCUAACAUAAACAAUUUACCGUCAACGGUCGUUGUUUAUGAGAAUCAUACAGGGCCCGCCGAUUUACUCACGGUCUUAGCUUCAGACGAGGACACUGGGGAUUCUAUUACUUUCAGCCUAAAUUGGACUCAACCGUCUGCUGGGCCUUUUACAAUAACUGGUAGUGGAAUUGUAAAGCUCAAUUCUAAUCCAAAUUUAGACUACGAAACUGUUAAACGCUAUGCAUUGGAAAUUGUUGCUACGGAUACAACAUCCCUUAGACAGAGUAAAAUUCUAUACGUCAAUAUAAGCGACGUUAACGAAUCUCCUCUAUUGUUAAAUCUACCUAAGACGCUUAUAAUCUAUGAGAAUUAUACUUCUAAUACCAUCUACAGCGUCUCAGCUUCAGAUGAAGAAGGAGAUGCACUAUACUUCACUUUAGAGAAACAAUCCGUCAUGGGAUUUUUCCUUAUCGAUUCGAAUACGGGUUCGAUAAAGCUUGCUCCUGGUUCCACCCUCGAUUACGAAACAACGACGGAAUAUUGGCUAACAAUCUCUGUCAACGACACCGUUCUCCAAGCAUCCGCUAAUUUAACUAUUCAAAUUCUGAACGUUAAUGAAAAGCCAGUUUACACUGGAACCACUCAACAAUGCUCAAUUAAGGAAAAUACUUUGGGUUUCCUACUUCAACUGAACGCAUCCGAUCCAGAAAGUGAUCCCUUGUCAUACACAAUUAUCAGCGUUUUUCCAAACACAAGUUCAUUUACCGUGGACUCUUCAGGAACACUAAAGACCACUGCAGCGUUUGAUUUUGAGCAACAAGCUUUAUACAUAGUUGAAAUUAACAUAAAAGACUCUGAAGACAAUUACGUGACACUGAAUGUGACAGUGAAUAUAGAAGACACUAAUGAGCGCCCUGUACUAACUAAUGCGCCAACAAUUUUAAACGUUUCGGAAAACACGCCUAAUGGAAUCGUCUUAUAUACUUUGAUGUCGACAGACGACGAUGGAGAUGCUGUCACGUAUGGGUUAAUAGACAAUUUUCAUUCAUUCAAUGUGAGUGCGGAUGGUAAAUUAGUUACUAUUAAAAGCCCUAAUUACGAGGAAAGAGUUCAAUACGUUCUGGAGGUAUAUGUUAGCGACGGUACUCUUAAUUACACCUCAACUGUAACAAUAAAUGUUAUUGAUAUUAAUGAAGCACCUGUUCUCGUGACGUCCCUCCCACUCAGUAUUGCUGUUAACGAAAAUUUUAUUGGCCAAAUUAUAUCUGUAACGGCUAAUGAUUCAGACUUUGGGGAUAUCUUAUAUUUCAAUUUGACAACCAUUCCUAGUGGAGGUUUCUUCUCUAUAGACGCUGACGGAAAGAUAACAACGUCAGGCCUAAAUUACGAAGCAAUUUCGUCUCACAAGCUACAAGUUGUCGUUUCGGAUAAGGCUGGAUUAAGCGUCGAUUGGAAUAUAACCGUAAACGUGACAGACAUUCAAGAACCACCGUCGUUUAUUAAUCUUCCAAACUCAACGUCAUGCAUUGCGGAGGAUUUAGCCAUAGAGACAAUGCUAUUCACUAUUAACGUAUUUGAUCCAGAAAACGACGCAAUCGCCUAUACUUUAACAUCUUUCAACGAUAAUUUUCUCGUCAACGGCACUUCCGGAGAGGUUAGCUUGAAAAGCGGAGCAUCGCUCAACUACGAAUUGACAAAUCAAUACCUUUUACCAAUUGUUGCAAACGAUGGAACUUUGACUGCUACGUCAACCUUGACAGUUGCAAUUUGUAACGUUAAUGAGUCCCCCUCGAUAGUGAAUUUACCAACAACAAUUAAUCUAAGCAAGGAUGUGAGUGGUCGGAAGUUAUUAUUAACAAUUUCCGUUCAGGAUGAAGAUAUUGGGGAUAGUCAUACAUUCGCGAUUGUAUCGACAACACCGACGAAUCAAUUAAGUAACUUUACUGUUGAUUCGAGCGGUGGAAUUUAUUCCGAGGCUAUUAAUGACUUUAAGUCAACAACAUUAAAGACUAUAAGCAUAAAAGUUAUUGUACAAGAUGCAUCUGGCUUAAACGAUACGAAAACUUUAACUAUAAACAUAGUGGAGACUAUUCAACCACCGACCCUGACCUCCGAUAAGAAAGAAGUGGCAGUCGAUGAAAUAAAUGCCAAUGAAAAUGCUAAAGUAGACAUUUCAAUUACGUGUACUGAUGUUAAUGCAGCAGAUAUAUUAACUAUAUGGAUAUCUGCCGUUUUUAAUGGAAGUCAAGGUUACUUUAACAUAGAUUCAAAGACAGGAGUAUUAAGUUUCAUAAAGGCUAUCGAUUAUGAUGACCAUACGACACCGAAUUAUUACAAAUUAGAGAUUACAUGCUCAGAUAAUGGAGGGCUUCAAUCGAAAAUCGUUAUAGACAUAUCGAUUAUUGACCAUAAUGAUCAUGCACCUAAAUUUCCAAAGAAGCUUUACAAAACAAACCUAAAAGAGAAUACUGUUGAUGGCUAUAAGGUAUUGAAUUUUAAUGUUUACGAUCCGGAUUCUGUCAAGUACAAUGUUCAAUCUUACAAAAUACUGAAUGAAACCGCUUCCAAGUAUUUUGAAGUAGACUCUGAAGGUUUCUUGAUAACCAAACAUCCGAUUGACGCCGAGUCAAUUGAUUCUAUCGAUUUCCUUAUUGAAGUUGUUGACGGAGGCGGAUUGACUGAUACUACAGACGUCUCUAUUCAAAUUUUGGAUGACAACGACCACAGACCUCGUUUAUCUUCUAAUUUCUAUAACUUGGAAGUAAACUUUAGGGCUAAUUACAAAGAUAUCAUAAUAAUCUUCAAAGGUUCGGACGGCGAUAGAGAUGAAAAGGGUAAAAACCUCACGUUUAAAUUAUUAAACGACAACGAAAACUUUGUAUUAAGAAUGGAUGGCACACUAGAAGUUCGUAAGUUAGCCUAUAAGCACGAAAAAUUUACAUUCGACGUUAUUGCUAUUGACAACGGCGUUCCACCCGAUGUUUCAAUAUCUUCCAAAGUAAGAAUCGAUUCCUACGAUGCAAGGCGUCAUUUGACAAAUUUUACUAUCAAUUUGGACAUUGAUGACUUUAAAAAGAAUUACUUAGACAAUUUCUUAAGAGGUUUACAAAAAAUUUUCCCAGAUUCUAUUGCUAGAGCUAUCUAUUUUGGGAAUAAGACGAAAGCAACGGGGAACGCCUCGCGGAGACGGAAAUCAAUUACACAACAAACCGUCGUGAGUACCCUCGUUGUUAAGGGAACAACAACUGAACAAGAAACAAAUAUUGAAGAAGAUAAAAAUUUCUAUACAACUAACCAAGUACAAGCCUUCACGUCAAAAAAAGGUGGACAACCAUCCACUAAUUUAACGACUGGCGUUUUGUCGUCAAUUCCGUUCGAUACAGUUUCGAAUUAUGAAAACGAACCAGACAUAGUCGAAAAUUGGUGGAUCGAAACGACUUUAGGAAGAAUCACUCUAUCAGUGCUUUGCUUUGUUUUCGUGCUCUUCGUAAUCAUCAUUUGUCUUACUAUUUACUACUUUGCUUGCAAAAAGAAGAAAACAUUAAAAGUGGCAUCAGAUUCGUCGAAUGAGCCUAAAUCAAGAAAGAAUGGAGUUGCUCCGCGAGCAGAGAAUUUGUUCUUAUACGAUUUUAGAUACAAUAAGCAAAAAUCUAAGAAACUGAAGAAAGCUAAACACUCCAUGGAUGAUCCAGCUCUAUUACCAGGAACACCUGUACCUACUCCAAGGACUUCUAGAGCCUCUGCAAGAGACGUAACACUAGAUGAUACAUUCUCUUUGGGCUACCAUUCCAUGUCUAGUUCGCCUCAACCAUCUGGCUUGACACAACUGGAUUCUUGA